AUGCCUAACACAUCUGUAGGAAUUGACCUGGGAACCACAUACUCUUGUGUGGCUCACUUUGCCAACGACCGAGUCGAGAUCAUCGCCAACGACCAGGGUAACCGAACCACCCCCUCGUUCGUUGCCUUCACUGAUACCGAGCGACUCAUUGGUGAUGCCGCCAAGAAUCAGGCCGCCAUGAACCCCUCCAACACUGUCUUCGACGCCAAGCGACUCAUUGGCCGAAAGUUCUCUGACCCCGAGGUCCAGAACGAUGCCAAGCACUUCCCCUUCAAGAUUGUUGACAAGGGAGGAAAGCCCAACAUCGAGGUGGAGUUCAAGGGUGAGACCAAGGUCUUCACCCCCGAGGAGAUCUCUUCCAUGAUCCUCACUAAGAUGAAGGAGACCGCUGAGGGCUACCUCGGUGGAAAGGUCACUGAUGCCGUCAUCACUGUCCCUGCUUACUUCAACGACUCCCAGCGACAGGCUACCAAGGACGCUGGUCUUAUUGCCGGUCUCAACGUCCAGCGAAUCAUCAACGAGCCUACCGCAGCUGCCAUUGCCUACGGUCUGGACAAGAAGGAGGCUGGUGAGCGAAACGUUCUCAUCUUCGAUCUUGGUGGAGGAACUUUCGAUGUCUCCCUCCUCUCUAUCGAGGAUGGUAUUUUCGAGGUCAAGGCCACCGCUGGUGACACCCAUCUUGGUGGUGAGGAUUUUGAUAACCGACUCGUCAACCACUUCGUCCAGGAGUUCAAGCGUAAGCACAAGAAGGAUAUCUCCACCAACCAGCGAGCUCUCCGACGAUUGCGAACCGCUUGUGAGCGAGCCAAGCGAACCCUGUCUUCUUCCGCCCAGACCUCCAUCGAGAUCGACUCUCUCUACGAGGGUAUUGACUUCUACACCUCCAUCACCCGAGCCCGAUUCGAGGAGCUCUGUCAGGAUCUCUUCCGAGGUACUCUCGAGCCCGUCGAGAAGGUCCUCCGAGACUCCAAGAUCGACAAGUCCGCCGUCAACGAGAUCGUUCUUGUCGGUGGUUCCACUCGAAUCCCCAAGGUCCAGAAGCUUGUCUCUGACUUCUUCAACGGUAAGGAGCCCAACCGAUCCAUCAACCCCGAUGAGGCUGUUGCCUACGGUGCUGCCGUCCAGGCCGCUAUCCUCUCCGGAGAUACUUCUUCCUCCACUCAGGAUCUUCUCCUUCUCGAUGUUGCUCCUCUCUCUCUUGGUAUUGAGACUGCCGGUGGUGUUAUGACCAAGCUCAUCCCCCGAAACUCCACCAUCCCCACCAAGAAGUCCGAGACCUUCUCCACUUACGCUGACAACCAGCCCGGUGUCCUGAUUCAGGUCUUCGAGGGUGAGCGAGCCCAGACCAAGGAUAACAACAUCCUUGGUAAGUUCGAGCUGUCCGGCAUUCCCCCUGCUCCCCGAGGUGUCCCCCAGAUUGAGGUCACCUUCGACGUCGACGCCAACGGUAUCCUCAACGUUUCCGCUGUUGAGAAGGGUACCGGUAAGACUCAGCAGAUCACUAUCACCAACGAUAAAGGCCGACUUUCCAAGGAGGAUAUUGAGCGAAUGGUCAACGAUGCUGAGAAGUACAAGGAGCAAGAUGAGGCCGAGGCUGCUCGAAUCGCCGCCAAGAAUGGUCUCGAGUCCUACGCCUACUCUCUCAAGAACACCCUCUCCGAAGAGAAGUUCAAGGAGAAGGUUGACGAGGCUGACCGAGAGAAGCUCGAGAAGGCCAUCAACGAGACCAUUGAGUUCCUUGACUCUACCCAGUCUGGUGCUACUGAGGAGUACUCCGACAAGCAGAAGGAGCUUGAGGGUGUUGCCAACCCUAUCCUCAUGAAGUUCUACGGAGCCGAGGGUGGUGCUCCCGGCGGAAUGCCUGGUGCCGGUGGCCCCGGUGGCUUCCCCGGUGCUGGUGCUGGAGGUGCUCCUCCUCCCGGCGCUGGCGGCGAGGGCCCCACUGUCGAGGAGGUCGACUAA